AUAGAAGUACUAUUAGACGAACCUCUUCACUGCCAAGUAUCCGGACAAAUGUUGAAACAGAGCCAAAUGUUUCAAAUGCAACUGAGAAAAUCUGUGGGGUUUGCUACUUAAAUCUUGGCAGAGGAGUUUUUCACGAUUGUUGCAAAAGUAAAGCUGUAAGCAAUAUUAUAAAUAUGAGUCGCUUGGAGAAAAAAUGCAGAACAAAUAGCACCUGAAUUGUUAAAACGUAAAAUGGAACGUGAAAACAUUGCAAGUGGAGAGCAGUUCAUAUUGUCUACGGGUGGAAAUCUUCUAUCAGUUACAGUUGGAGUGAAUAAAAUGAAGUCCAAAAGAAAUAAAUUAAACCAUUUCAUUUCAAACCAUUAUGGAGCUAUAAAAUGUAUUAGAAAUUUCUAAAAACAAAACAAAAAAAUUAUGUUCUACUUUACGGAGGAGUGUAACUGGUGUUGUAGAAUAAAGCAUUAAUAUUAGAAUGAACGAACUGCAGGAACUCUAGAUACUUUAUAUGAAUGCAAAACAGAGAAACUUGUUGACGGAGAUCAGACAGUUUUUAGAAAUAUAGUUUAUGUCAAAAAUACAACAGAAUUUAUUCAAUUUAUAACUGAAAAAAGAGGAAUCGAUAAUCUUGAUGCAAUGGAAAGAAUUUAUUUAUAUAAAAGUUAUUAUAAAUGUUUUUGAUCAAUCUCCAAAAAUUAUUGGGUCCAAAACUUGAAGAAGUGAAUUUUAGUCUCGCAUUUGAUCUAAAGUGUGCAAACAGUACUUUUGGACUGUCAAGCCACUCUGGCAAAUAUGCCUGUUUGUAUUGUGAAAGGGAAUGCACAUUAGAAACAGGAAAACUUAAAACUUUAGGCUCCAUAGACUUGUGUUAUGAUCAAUAUGUAUGUGAUGGAAGAAAAAGAUUAAAAAUGCAGGAAUACAAAAAUGUUGUAAAUCCUCGUUUAAUUUACUUACAAGAAGAUCAAGAAACUUUUUUUGAACACAUUGUUCCUCCACCUGAGCUCCACAUUAUGAUGGGAGUUGUAGAUAAACUUUGUACUUUGCUUUUGUAUGUUUGGCCAGCUUUUAAAAAUUGGUUGAAAAAACAUUACAUACUAAUGAGAGGGUAUCAUGGUGUAGGCUUUGACGGAAAUAAUGCUAACAGAUUUUUGUCCUUGUUAGAUGUUUUAGAGAGAGAUGUCACCAUUACUGCAGCAAUUAAUAUUUUACCAAUAAAUGAUUGUUUGCGUAUACUUUCAUUAAUAAAAUCAGCAGUGUUUGGUUUGGAAUUGGGUACAGAUAUUUCUGUUAAAAUUGAAGACUUCAAAAGUUCAUUUUUUAGUCUUCAACUGUGUAUUAAAGAUAUUUUUGACUACAAUUUAACAGUAUCAUGGAAAAUACAUUUUUUAGUGUGUCAUAUUCUCCCUAUUGUAGAACAAAAUAAUACCAGCUUAGGUAACUAUGCAGAACAAUGCGGUGAAGCUGUUCAUUACAAAUUUAAAAAAACUUGGGUAAAUUAUAAAAGAACUAUUGGACACAAAAAUUAUGCCGAAAAAAAGCUGAAGUCUGCUAUAGUGAAUUUCAAUUUAAACUAACAAUAGUGAAAAUAUCAGAUGUGUUUUAAAUGUAUUUAUUAUGUUGUUUUAUUAUAUAAUAGAUUAAUUUU